AUGUCCUUGUCCUCAAACCCCAUAUUCGAUUCAACGAGGGCAACAUACAAACCUGCCAUCGCGCCUCACUUCCCGCGCGCCGAACAUACGCGGCGGCACAGUCACUACGCCGAUCCCGUCAAGAGAGCGAGCGCGCGUAUUCUCUGGGCUGCGCGCAACGCGAGCGUCACCUGGGCGCGCGCCGUGGAGACACAAUCUUGGGACGACAUCAACGCUGUCGUGCAGCGUCUCGUCGUUUUUGACAAGGUGUACGAGCUGAACCAGGAUCAAUGGGGCAAGCGACCACGUCUUACGGCUCAAGAGUGGUACUCCGAGACAAGAGGGUUCUCUGCCGUGGCGUACCAGAUGGCCGCACGCACGCUGCGAGAUGUCGAACAGUUGCAUCACCUAGCAAGUCGCAGCGAGGUGAUGAUGUUCUGCCGCAUCGCCAUGGACAUGUGCGCCACGCCGGCCGUUGACUCGCCGCCGCCAGACUCGCAGCGCCUCUGCGAGAUGUUUGACGAAGCGACCCUGCGCGAGCGGCUCGGCGAGUAUGACCCGCUCGUGCGACACAAGGACGAGCUCGAGGAGCCGUGCCCUUCCGUUUCCGCCGUUUUUGUGCGAGAGCCUGCGACGGGCCGACUGGUCCUCGAUCAAGAUGCAAAAGUGCUGGACCGCAGCGACUGCAGCGGCACGGGCAGCGGCAGCAGCCACGUCGCCGAGUGUCGACCAACCACUACCGCAACCGGGGCGGGCACCUCCCGACACUCCUCCACUCCAUUCGACGGCUGCAGACGCGCAGGUGUACGCCUCGACCGAGGGCGAACCCAGCGUCCACGAGCCACAAUGUCCAAUUCCUGUGUCCAAGUGAAUACUGGACCGAGUCGCGCCGAUUGA